AAACAACAACAUCUGUGUCUUCAUUUGAUAUUAUUUUUUACAUUUUUAUUUAUUUGAAUGAUUGUUUUUUUUUUUUUUUGUGGGGGGAGUAAGAGGAAUAUUGCAUUUUCCAUUUGAACUCAUUGAUUUCUUGGGAUCACGUGAUCCGCAUCCUAGAGUUUAUUGGGGAAUGCAGACAGCUGACAUGGACUUUCAUUAAGUUACAAGAACAGACUGCACACUGACUGGCUAUGAUGUUUAAAUCAGACUUUUGGAUAUGUUAUUUAAAACAGCUUGUUUAGAACUGACUGACAUCAAUGUAGGAUUAACCUUAUGAAGUAAGUUCAUUGUUUUCACAUGCUUCCAAAUCUAUUUGUUGAGUCAUGGGUCAAUUGUUAUUGUUUGAAUGAUUUCUACUUUUAACCACAAAUCAAAUGUUCAGUUGUCUUAGUGAGAUGCUUUAUUUGUAUGUUCAGAAUUGUAAAAUAUCUUUGAAUAUACAAAAACAUUAAGGAACCGUUAGAUUUUUGUUUAGGCAGUGACACUAAAAUGAUGGUCAUGUAAAUAUUUUAAGCGCAUGGUGAGAUAUCUAGGUUACAUGUAUUGAUUAGACACAAACAGAUGCUGCCAGAGCCUCCCCCAUCCCUCAGCAUCAUUCACUCUGACCUGUACAUAUAGCAGGACAACAAAGGUAUCUUGAAGUUUUACUUCAUUCCCUAGCAUGUGUCAUAUUUGCCUGUCAUUUCUGUGUAAUCGUGUGCUGUAUUGUUCUGCAGGGUGUUUACUGGAUAAAAACUGCGUUGCCAUGGAUCAGGAUAUGGUGAAUAUGUUUGCCAUUGCUGCAGGAACUCUUGCUAUCCCUCUCCUCCUUUUCAUGGCCUCUUUUAUGCUGUGGCCAUCAUCACUCAUCAAAGUCUAUUACUGGUACUGGAGGAGAACUCUGGGUCUGCAGGUACGUUAUGCAGACUGCGGGGGUUAUCGCUUCUGUUACUCAUACAGGGGGAAACCAGGCCUCAGGCCUUCUGUACUCAUGCUGCAUGACUUCUCUGCUCACAAGGACACAUGGCUCCCUAUGGUGAAGUACCUUCCCAAACAUCUGCAUUUACUGUGUGUCGACAUGCCGGGGCAUGAGGGUACAACACGUACCAACACAGAUGACUAUUCAAUCCAGGGCCAGGUCCAGAGAAUACGGCAGGUAAUUGCUGGAUGGUUUGUAGAGGCCAUUCGGUUAAACAGAAAGCCAUUUCAUCUGGUGGGCACUUCGAUGGGUGGGACUGUGGCCGGAGUGUAUGCAGCACAUCAUUCCUCAGAUCUCUGCGGUUUGACCCUCGUCUGCCCAGCGGGUCUGAAGAACCAAAUCGCGAGCCAGUUUGACAGUCAGAUGCAUGAAGUGGAGCGCAGCCAGUACACGCUGAACAUUCCUCUUAUCCCGUCCACCCCGGAGGAGAUGGAGGAGAUGCUGAAGCUCUGUUCUCACGUGCGCUUCAGAGUGCCUCAACAGAUUCUACAAGGCCUCGUGGAUGUACGGAUACCACACAAUGACUUUUAUCAUGAAGUUUUCAUGGAAAUUAUGAGUGAAAAAUCUAAAUAUGCCUUGCAUGAGCAUAUACAGCAAAUAACUACCCCUUUACAAGUCAUCUGGGGCAAACAGGACCAGGUGGUGGAUGUGUCUGGGGCAGCGGUGCUCACCGAGGCUCUUGCAGGCUGCCGUGUUGAUCUGCUGGAGAACUGCGGUCAUUCUGUUGUGAUGGAGCGACCACGACAAACAGCCAAACUCAUUUUAGAUUUCAUCAUCUCUCAGCAGAGCACAGAGAGCGCCAGCACCAAAAAGAAAUCCUGAGACAGCUCAGGAUGUAUUACUAAAUACUUAACUGCAGCACCCCACUGGCCCUGAAGUAUAUAACAACCUUCUGGAGAAAUAAUAUAAGUAAUAAUUUUGUAGUAUGUAUGUUCACAUGCAAACAGCCUUUUAAUU